UGGAUUAUUUUAAAUUGCAUAAAUAAUUAUUAGUAGUAAAAAUAAGUGUUCAAUGGCCGUUUUGGACAUUUUUGGUGUUCUGGCUACUGAAAUUUUGGUAUUUUGACAAAGCUAACCCCUAUUGUGUAUUAAUUUGUAAAAUAAUUGAGGAAAAGUUGCAUGAUGAUGCUUUGACAAUUAUUUUGAAACCAAAUCUUUACCUUUUGAAUCAAUUUGAAUCUUGAGGCUAGUGAUGAUUCACUUCUCUACUGUCUAUGUGUCUCUUUCAUCUCAUGUUUGUCUUUUUCAUGAUUAUGUGGACGUGAAGUUUGUAAUUUAGACGUUAGUAAUGUGUGUGUGUGUGUGUGUUGUAGAAGAUUCAGACUCGUGUCUGUUGAGUUCGUGGAGUUCCCUGCCAUCUCAACUCUUUCCUCCUGACAUCAUCAAUGUGAUGCCGACCCUCCCGAUCAAACCUUCAUCAUCGUCAUCCUCAUCCUCACCACGUUUGGCUCCGGCGCUCUCCUCUUUGCCCAAAAGCAUCAGUCUGGCCGAUGACAUCACUAUUGUCGGGGGCAACCGGACAGGCGUGUUCGUCCAGACGGUGAGGGCGGAGUCUCCUGCGAAGCGAUGCGGUCUGAAGGAGGGCAGUGAACUGCUGGAGUUGGAUCAGGUGUCGUUGGCCGAGGGUCGUGUUCGUCUCAGUCAGUGUACGGCUGAAGUGGCUCAUUUCUCGCUGCGGUGGUGGACCGAACCGAACGCACUCAAACACACAGUCAACCAGGAGGGUUACUCUCGUUUAAUUGCUGAACUCUCGUCUCCAUCCUUCACCGGCGCUGACUCGUUUUAUGUGCGCGUGAACCUUGACCUCAGUUCCCAUGGCGACCCGCCGUGUCUCAGUGCCCGCUGUGACGAUGUGCUGCACGUCACCGACACGCGUUAUAAUGGCAAAUAUCAGUGGCGCUGCGUUCGCGUGGACAAACACACGGGGGCGCCGCUGCAGGCUGGAGCCGUGCCCAACUACAACAGGGCUCAGCAGCUGCUGUUGGUGAGACUUCGUACGAUGGCGCUUGAACAGAAUCAAUGCAGGAAGAAGUUCUGUAAGAAAAGCCCCGAGCGCAUUCGGCUGAUUAAAGCGGUCGCUUCAAACUAUCGUGCGAUUGGCUCAUCCAAUCAGGUGCUCUACACACUCAGCAACCGUCAUGAGGAGCAGCUGAUCCCAUUCAGUCUGGUUCAGAUGGUUCGUGUCUCCAGCAAACGGCCGGUGAUUUUCUCUCCGUCUCUGCUGUCACGCGGGAUCAUCGAGCGGCUGCUGCAGCCGGCAGAAUCCGGUCUGGACUUCAACACCUGCCAUCCAGAGCUGCUGGAGGGUUGUGUGCAUCAGGAUAAAAGUGUGUUCCUCUUAGACUCUUCAGAUCAACCACUGGGAAUCAAACUACAGGGUAUUCAAGAGGUCAUUAACCAGGACAAACACUGUCUGCUUCAGCUGGGCUUGAAUCAUGUGGAGAAUCUCCUGAAGCAGAGCAUCUAUCCCAUCAUCAUCUACAUCAAACCCAAAGACAAGAAGGGCCGCAAGUUCAGGAAGCUGUUGUCAGGGCACAGAGAGGAGGACCUGAUGGAGGCCUGUCAGAUGGAGGAGCUGCAGCUGGAGACUCUUCCUCUGAUGUUCAGUACGGUGGAGCCGAACACAUGGAGCUGCACAGACGAGCUGCUCGCCAUCAUACGCAGCACCAUUCUGAUCCAGCAGAGGGCCGUGGUGUGGCUGGAGCAGGAGCGCGUCCAGUAGAGCCGCAUCGUUUCACACUUACUGUUGUUUAGGCUUGGUUAUGGGGCGAAUGGUUAAUGAUGGUUAUAUAGUGGUUAUCAUUACAGACCACCUAGUUAUGCCUCAAAGCAGGGUUUCUGUGGGUCUUUAAAGAGCUAAUUUCCACAAAUGAAAGCCUAGAAAGGUCUUAAAUCAGAGCUGGAAGUCUUAUGCCUGGUUUCACUGACAGGGCUUAGAUUAAGGCAGGAUUAGGCCUUAGUAGUGACGUUAUGUUCUGUGCCGACGCUUCGAAGCAUGUCGAGAAAUCCCGGAAGCUUUCAGUGAAGCACAUAUCGAGGCUUGUAUCGUUUUAGACCAAUGACGUCAUUGAUGACAUCAUCGCUUUAUACCAAUGAUGUCAUUGAUGACAUCCGAAGCCUCGCUUCUGCCAGACUGGUUCAGGAAGCGGUUUGAAUCUUGGUGCGACAUUUUGACAGAUAUAUAAACCCAUGGGAUUCUUUCAAAAUGUGUGGUUUUAGAAUAAUAAUAUCGCCCCUCCUGCCUAUUAUGACCAAAUAAUAUAUUUACACACAUUAUUCAUAUAAAUAGAUUAGUCUAUGUGGAAAUUGAUUUUUCUUCACCGUUAUUUCUAAGCCUUAACUGGUGCAAAAUACAUUGUAUCAGAUCACAUCAGGUCAUCUGUAAUGUAUCUGCUUGUUUUACACUCUUUGACCACCAGGUGGUAUUGUGAGCAAAUGAAGCCUUGAGAAAUGAACCCUUUUGUGAACCACUUGGCUGAAAAGCUUCAAUGCUUCACGAGGCUUCUUCUCGCUAUCACUAGACCUUAGCAGUGUUGUGCAUGAACGCGUUCAAUGAACGACGUUCACUGAACGCGUUCAUAUUUUCGCCGAACGCUGAACUGAACGAGUCACUUUUCAUUCAAUGAACGUGAACGAGAGCGGCGCUCACUCUGGCAGGAAUGAGCAGCAUGCGCAGUUCACGUUCACGCUCAUUUGAAAACUCAGGUUUUACGACACGACUGUUUACAGCAAACACCUUGAUGGUGCAGCAUCAUGACUAGUGCUAGUACUAGUUAACGUGAUUCAAACUUAGCUACAGCUGAAGCCAGUUUUGAAGAGCACUUAGCAGAGUUUUAUGUACAAACAAAGGAAGACUCAGACGGAAAAAACCUCACGUUUUUGUGCAAAC